AUGAAGCCUUUGUCGCUGGACAUGCUGUUCUUACGGCGCCUAGGUACACUUCUUCGAUUGCUUUUUCCUUGGAAUCGACGUUCAAAAACAGGAUGGCUGGCAGUUAUUGUGCUCAUCACUUCGUUUUUAGAUCAAGUAGGAACAUAUUUCGUUGGCAUUCUUCCAAGUCAGUUCUACGUGGUCCUUGGGAAUAGAGAUUUAUCAGCAUUUCAUCUCCUCAUUGCGAAAGCCAUAGUUAUCGUUUUGGCAAAGUCGUUGUCUCUGACAUCCAUCAAAUACUUCACAUCACUGCUUGCUAUAAAAUGUCGCGAGUUAUGCAGCUAUACAUUGCAUAGGCUUUACUUCAAGAGACGAGCAUUUUACAAGCUCGGUACUGCCUCAGAAUCUCUCGAUAACGUUGAUCAGCGUCUUACACAAGACAUCGAGAAAACAACUCAAGUGCUUGCUGUCGAUCUUUUUGCACCAGUCAUUACAGCUCCCUUUAUCAUUCUCUAUUACUCUUACUUGACUUGGCAGAGCUCGGGUUGGUUGGGUCCAUUUACUAUUUACGUUUACUUCGCCAUCGUUACAACCGUGAAUCGUUAUUUGCUGUCCCCUAUUGUGAGCAUAGUUAAUGAAACAGAGAAGAGGGAAGGCGAUUUCCGUCAACGCCACAUGGAAGUUAGGACAAAUGUAGAAUCGAUUGCAUUUUACCAGUCUGGCCUUAUUGAAAACAUAAUGGCUAAUCAGAAACUGAAGGUUCUCCUGAAAACGAAGCAAAAGCUCAUUGAAUGGCGUUUUGUGCUCGGCCUAGUUACUAACGUAUUUGACUACUUUGGUGGGACAUUAUCGUAUCUAAUUAUUGCGAUCCCUAUAUUCAUGACGCACACUUAUGAUUCACUAUCUGGCACUGAGUUGAAUGGCGUUGUAUCGAUGAAUGCAUUUUUCUACCUCUAUCUGAUCUACAGCUUUACAAAUCUCAUUACUCUAUCGGAGAAACUAGGAGAUCUUGCUGGUGUCACUCAUAGAGUCGUCGAGCUCUUGGAGGAAUUACGCCGAUUGCAUUCUGACUGCCUUGAGACAGACAGACCGCCGUCAACUGUUCCUUCAAGUGUUGUUGUCAUAGCAAGUGAUGAUGAAGAAAAGGCUGUUGCCACCAGAGCGAUUGAGGAAUUGCACGGCAAACAGCUUUCCCUUGAGCGUGACUGUGACGAUGAGGAGGAAGCUCAAUUCCUCUUAGGAAACAAUGGUGGUCGUGAUGAUGAGUGUCCGGAUGAUGGCGUAGCUAUGACGAUAGACUCUGCAACUCUUACGGCUCCAAAUGAUGCUCAUAAUAUUAUUAUUGCAAACUUGUCCUUGCAAUUAAUCCAAGGACAAAACAUCUUGAUCACCGGUGACAGUGGUACUGGAAAAACCUCUUUGUUAAGAAUGUUUGCCGGAUUGUGGAAUAAUGUUUCGGGUAAAGUGGACCGACACUGGCGCGUGCGUCCUCAAAGCUUGCUAUUUGUGCCGCAGAAGUCUUACUUUCCAUCGGGAGGAGUUACAUUGAGACAACAGCUUGUUUAUCCUCUCAAAGCGCUUCCCGUCGAGAAAGAUCUCGUUCGAUUGACUCAAAUUCUUGAGUGGGUAAAAAUGGAGCAUUUGCUAGAACGAUGCCAAGGUUUCGAUCAUCCGGUCGAAUGGGACUGGAGUGAAACAUUGUCGCCUGGUGAACUGCAACGCCUUUCCAUGGCACGGGUUUUCUACACCAAACCACGAAUUGCUUUCCUCGAUGAGGCAACUAGUGCCAUUGGAUUUGAGAUGGAGAUGCAGCUUUACAGAAAAUUGCAAGAGGAGGAAAUCACUUUCGUGUCAGUUGGUCACAGAUUCUCCUUGAAACAAUUCCACGACAUGGAGUUGCGACUUCUUGGGAGGGGAGAAUGGUCGAUGUACGACAUCGACACGGCUUCAAUCGCCAGCCGUGCCGCCAGCCUUUUAGGCAAUGACACUGUUAUAUCAAUCCAAUCGAAUCAACAUCAAGUUUGA